AUGAACGGUCACCGCGCGACCACCGCGACCACGGCGGCGGUGGCGCUGCUGGUCGUCGUCUACACGACGGUGCUGUGGACGCCACCCGCGUCCGCGGCCACGCUCACCCGGGUCGUGACCACCCGAUACGGCAAACUGCAGGGCAUCGUGCGCACCGUGGACGCGACCGUCGGCGGUGUCGGCGGCGGCCCCGCGUCGCGGACGUCGACUCCGGUCACCGUCGACACGUUCCUCGGGGUGCCGUACGCCACGCCGCCCAUCGGGUCCAACCGGUUCGGGCCCACGCGCACCCCGUCGCCCUGGGACGGCGUGCGGCAGGCCGACGCCCCGGGGCCCGUGUGCCCGCAGCGCCUGCCCGACGUGUCCAACGAGACGGCCGCCCUGCAGCGCAUGCCCAUCGGCCGGCUGGUCUACCUCAAGCGGCUGCUGCCGUACUUGCGAAAUCAGUCCGAGGAUUGUCUGUACCUGAACAUCUACGCGCCGUCACAAGGUAAGCGCUUAUCACGACGUUAG